CUUUUCAUUCUUCUUCUUUCUGCAUGUUUUAGCCUACGUAUUUUCAGUUAUCUUAAUCCUUUCGUAAAUUUGGUGAAAAUUGUUUUUCAAUCUAAAACGAUGUUCUCAUUUCUCUCCGUUAUUUACUCAGGCAGGUGUUGUAAACAAUAGACUAAGUUUACUCGUAUUAAUUCAACAUUAAGCCAUAUAUAUAACGACUAAAGUGUAAAAUUUGUAAAAAUUACAAUUUUUAAUAUAUUCGAUUAAAAUUUAAUAUACUUAGCAUUGCAGAUUAUGAAUAUCUAAUACACGGUUCCAGUGUUAAGAAAGUAUGUCCACUCACUCGCUACUCCUAUUUAAGUGAAGUUUAAAGUCGUAGAAUCUACUACGGAAAUAAAAAAUUUAUCUCAUCGAAAUGAACAUUCGUUUGACCAAUAUUUCCGUUUGUAUUGAAAAUAUUUCAGCCGUACCUACGAAAGGGUUAAUCACGCGUGACCGACAACACGCUGAACAACAUAAGAAUCGGUACCAAACGUGCCGUACGUGUACGGAAAGGUUACGGUCUCGACGUUCAAUCGAGUCUUGAUUAAGUGAAAAAACCGGAAGAAAGAAAAAAGAAAAACAGAAUAUGAUUACUCGCGGCCAGUAUUUGCUCGUGGAAACGAAAUAUGUUGGAAAAAGAGAGAAGAACAGUCGGAGAAGUUGGAAGGGCAAGAGGGGCCGAUAAGAGAAAUCGAGCUGAACGUGCUACGUGGAAUCGUGAAAGUGAAGGCGUAUCCCACCUUAACAUAUGAGUCGCGAUAGGUUACAGGCCGCGAUCAAAUACCUGUUGCACGACUUCAUUCUUCUUUACUUCCAUCUGUUUGCUCAGGCUCGUUGCUCUUAGUGUACAACCGGCUGUCAGACGAAGCAGUGACAUUCUGUAAACAUGGAAUCUGUCAGAAGGAAGUUGAUUGAAUACAAUCAGGAACAUCUGUUGAAAUUCUGGGAUCAACUGUCGGACAGAGAAAGAGAUGAUCUUUGUCAAGAUAUAUCUGAAUUAGACCUGACAGAUGUGACAUCAUGUUUCUACAAAGCAGUACAUGCGUUGACCAGCAUGCAGAGUAUAUUGGACGAUAAGUUGACACCUAUCCCGAAGGAAAGUAUUGCAUCAGUCAGAACUACUGACAAAGAACAGUUGAGAAUGUACGAAAAACUAGGAUUGCAAGAGAUAACAGAUGGAAAAGUAGCUGUACUGUUAAUGGCUGGUGGUCAGGGUACUAGACUUGGUGUAUCUUAUCCCAAGGGUAUGUACAAUGUUGGUCUACCUUCUGGAAAAACACUUUUCCAACUACAGGCAGAAAGAAUACUUUGUUUGCAAAACAUGGCAAGGAAGGAAUGUGGAAAAGAUGGGGAAAUUACAUGCUACUCAUGAUACAACUGUAUCUUUCCUACAAAAGCAUAACUAUUUUGAUUUAAAAGAAAAGAACGUUCAAGCCUUUAAACAAGGUGUGCUACCAUGUUUUACACUGGAUGGAAAAAUCAUUUUGGAUAAAAAAUAUAAAAUUUCAAAGGCGCCGGAUGGAAAUGGAGGAUUAUAUCGAGCUCUAAAGACGCAGGGAAUAUUGGACGAUAUGAAACAGCGUGGAAUUCGUAGUGUCCACGUUCAUUCAGUUGAUAAUAUUUUGAUAAAAGUGGCAGAUCCUAUUUUUAUAGGAUACUGCUUAUCUUUAUGCACUGAUUGUGGAGUUAAAGUGAUAGAAAAGUCUUCUCCAAACGAACCAGUAGGAGUUGUGUGUAAAGUCGAUGAUAUCUACAAAGUUGUAGAAUACAGUGAGAUUUCACAAGAGACUGCUAAAUUGCGUUCUAACGACGGACAAUUAAUGUACAACGCAGCGAAUAUAUGUAAUCACUAUUUUACAGUAGACUUCCUCCAUAACAUUGCAACAAAUCACGAGAAAGAAAUGGAACUCCACGCUGCUAAAAAGAAAAUCCCUUAUGUUGACGAAGAAGGAAAUCGAAAUGAACCGAAAUCACCGAACGGUAUUAAAAUCGAGAAAUUCGUGUUUGAUGUAUUUAAAUUCGCAAAACAAUUAACGGUUUGGGAGGGAGUUCGCGAGGAAGAUUUCAGUCCCCUGAAAAAUGCUGAUUCCGUUGGCCAAGAUUGUCCAAGCACUGCGCGAAACGAUGUACUUAAACUUCAUAAGAAAUGGCUGUUGAACGCUGGAGCUACGUUUGUGGCAAACGACGUAGAAGUAUCUCCUUUAUUAUCUUACGCUGGGGAAAAUUUAGAUCAUGUACGAGGAUUGUCAUUAGAAGGACCAUGUGUAUUGAUAUAGAAUAACGAAAUCCAAUAUUAUUUUUGCAACUUUUUAAAGACGGUACUGUUCUUGUUAAGGAUCUUUAA